GAAACGAACAGGCAAAUAGCGAUCGCUGCGAAAAAGUUUAAUUGUAAAUAAAAUUUGUAGUGGUAAUUUGUAUAAAAACUACAUAAAAAGUUGAAUAAUAACAAAACGAUCAAGUAGUACUUACAAAUGCGAAUCUAUGGUCUACGAAUAGGAGUAAGGAAAAUACGAUGAAAGAGCUAAAAGGAAAGCUGCAAGCUCGUUGAGGGGGCGCAGCGCAAAAUUGAACAGAACAAUGCAAGGAGGACGAAAAACGCAGUGAAAAUUAAAGCGCACGGAAAAUUUUCAUUUGUUCAGAAACUGCUCAUUUAAAAGUAAGAUAUUUAAAGUGAUAAAGUGUAUUAAGUGCAAACGGAUGGAAAAUGACGUUGUAAAUUAACGAAUAUUGAAGAGUUUUUUUAGAUUUUAUAUGAAAAGUUAAUUUGCUUGAAAAUUUCCCACACUCGCACAUAAUCAAACGCACACGCGCGGAGACCGCACAAAAUCUCAAACAAAAAGGAAAUCGAUAAACGCAUGAAGCGAACCGUAGUAGAAGAAGUACAAGUGGAAGUGGGAUUUAAGAAGAAUCAAAAAGGAAAAGGUGAAGGUGAAUUGAGUGCGCGAAAGUCGGAAAGAAAAAACGAAUCGUAAUAAAAUGAUGUGAAAAUGCGGGACAUGAAAAAAUUUCAGCGUGGAUGCUGAGAGCUGUAAGAGACUCUUGACUGAUUAACAAGAAAAUCAGAGACAGACCAAAGGAAGUGUAUGAGUGUGUCAAUGGUAACUGUGAAAGCAAAUUGCAGGAAUAAUUACAAAAUAAAUAACCAGAGGGCUAACUGUAAUCGGCUUUUUUUUGUUUUUUUUUUUGUUGUUUGUAAUUUUAAAGCGCAGCAAAUUAAUAGUAUAAUUUGACAAAGGAAUGGAAAUGGCCAGCAGCGCCGCAAAUGGGUCUGGCAACACAACAUCUCGCAGUGUUGUUGUGGGCAAUACUUUGCCUUCUCUGUUUGUCAGCGAUCAUAAUGGCGGUAGCUCAAUCGUUAGUGGUAAGGACUUGGAUGGUUUAAUAGCAAUGAACGAUAGCGCACUCUCACAACAAAUCGAAUUUAUACUGCAAGAGGCUCCCAUGGAGCAAGACGAUAACGAUGUUACCGAUCAUAUGGACGAUGACGGUUCGGCGACGAUAGAAACAGCUAGUAGUGGCAACUCCAACCCUACUAUCAAACUACAAAACCCACCGAAUAUAAUAGUAUCAAGCGCUUCCGAUUUCUCAAGAGCACAUGUGGGUAGCGACGUAGCCGCUACGAUUGCGUCCACUCAAACAAUGGCGCAACACCAUCAUCUACUGAAUGGACGCCGCAUUAUAAUACAAACAACGCAGGCUUCGAAUAUGAUUAAAGAAGAGGAAGCGGAUCCCGAAUUGAAUGAUGAAAAUUUGCAAGAUAUUGAGGAAGAAGAGCAAGCAGCCGAAGCUGAGGAAAAUCAAUUGCGGCUUCAACAUACGGAUAUUAAAUUGGAGCAUAGCGAGAACACGGAACAGGAGUUCAUUAGAACUGGCAUAAAUUAUAUAAGUACGCCUGCAAUAACUACACACCAUUCGCAUCUGGCUGGUGGUCAAACGCAGCAAAUAGUUUUGCCGGCUGGAUCAAUAGUUGGUACAGCAACAGGACGCACCCUAACAGUGCCAGUUUCGGAGGCACUGGCUCAGCUUCAGCGUCGUCCCGUAUAUAUCAGUAAUGCCAUGGGAGGCAUGGCUGGUGCCACAUUUGUACGCAUGCCGGCUGUGAUAAGAAGCAGUCCUAUGACUGUUUUGAAUGUGGUACAACAGGGCGUACCAGGCAGUGGUCCUACACAGCUUAUCCUACAGGCAACACCUGUUUCUACUACAGGAACGCCGAUGACAGUGGUGACAUCCACCACGUCUGCGGCCGUAACGAUGCCCUCAUUGCCACCAGCAACUGCAGGAAGCGCAGACGUAGUUGUAGCUACACCCACGCCGGCUACAAUGCCGGCGUUGACAUCGGUCACAACACAAUCUUUAUCACCAUCAACUUCAUCGUCAUCGCCACUAUCGUCUUCUGGUCAUGUUGGAUCUUCCACAGUGGUGGCUACUAAAACAGCUACUGCAGUGUCGACAGCUAAAAGUAAUGCCACUCACUCGACGUCAAACGGUAGCGGGAACACCAAUGCGACUUCCACCAACAAUAAUCCAGUAACCUAUCAAUGUGUCGAAUGCGUGGAGGAGUUUGAGUCAAAGGAGCUAUUCGACAUUCAUCGCUCAGGUCAUGCCAAUAAUAUGAAAUGUGCUAUAUGCAAUAUGGUGCUGAAGUCGCUCAAGAACUACGAGAAACAUUGUCUACGCUGCAAGCCGUACGAGUGUCAGAUAUGUGGACGUGUGGUGCGCUUCCGACCAAAUUUCAUCAAGCACAUGCGUGUACACACGGGCCAGCAGUCCGAACGCCACAAAUAUAAAUGCGAUGUGUGCCACAAAGAAUUUAUGAGUUUUGAAUAUUUCAAAGUGCACAAAAAGAUUCACAAUGAGAAUGUGAAUCUAACAUGCGAAAUUUGUGGCAAGGUAUUCAGCGCUUUGGCAUCGCUGCGUGGCCACUCCAAACUGCAUUCAGGCGUAAAAUUGCACAAAUGUGAUGUUUGUGGCAAAGGCUUUGGGCAGCGUUACAAUUUGAAGAUACACGCGCGCACCCACACCGGUGACUUUCCGUUCGAGUGCAAGGUGUGCAAGAAGAAGUUGCAUACACAGUCCUCCUUACAGACACAUAUGCAAGUGCAUCAGCGCGACCAGACUUCACAAGUUACAACUACAAUAAAAUAUGAUAAAAAUGCGACCAACACUACAGCGUCAUCAUCCACGACUUCUACAAUAGUCAAACUAGAGGCCCAAGCGAACGAUGACGGGCCGAGUACCAGUGGAAUGCAGCGCCAUUUGCAGAAGCAAUUGCUUGAAGAUAUGGAGGAUGACAAUUCAGGAAUGAGCGAUAGCAUACAGGAUUGUGGCAGUAGUAGUCGCAUUGUAUCCACUUCUUCCUUGACUUCGGCUGGUCACAGUUUGUUAACGACCACCGCCGAGGAUUCCUCGAACGAAUCUUCGAAUGCAUCGCAUGAACUCAAACAACAACAAUUACAGCAGCAAUCACUUUUGGUCACACCCACCCGUACCAUUGUGAUCAAGAAUUAUAUGCAGAACGAUCAAAGUGUUGGUCUGUCACAGCCACAAUCGCAGCAUCAGACUCACGUCAUACAGAGCAGUAACGCAAGCGCCAGCAGCACAUUGCAACAACAAUUGUUGCGUAAGACGCCCAUAAUACAUUCUACAGGUGGCGCCGGUACACUCUCCUCCGCAUUAGCUAGCGUGGUGCAGCAGACCGGUACAUCACCCUCGCCAUCGCCGUCAUCCUCGUCGACAUCAUGUUCCUCGUCAGUGGUAGUAUCCAAAUCUGGCGCUCCGCUCUCGCUGGCGUCUGCCGCGAUUGGCACCUCAACCAUACGCAGUACACGCAACCAUCAGUCUCAAUUCAAUUCGUCGAUUUCUUCAUCGAGCAGCCACCACCGUGCGUUACAGCGCAGUAAUAACCACCGAAGUCACCAUAAUAGCCACCGACGUCGACAUACGACGCAUUUGGACGAUGAUGACGAUGACGAUUUGGACGGUUUUGUCGAUUCGUCACAUUCUCAUCAUCGCUCUAUGCGUGUGAAUGGCCAGCAUUUUGAUGAUGAUGACGACGAUGAGAAAUCCUCCCCGUCCUUGGCCACAACGGCCAUUAUCAAAGUCGAACCGAAUCUGUACUCGUCGGGUUCGGGUGACAAUUCAAAUGAAAUGCUUAUCAAAGAAGAGGUGAUGUUCGAGGACUCUGCAGCGCCUCAUUCGCCACACUCGCCGCCAAGUUCAAAAUUCCGCAUGUCGAACUUUGACAGCGACUUGGUCGAUCAUAAUGUCGAUCUAAAUCACUCGCUACCGCCAUAUGGAAAUCUCUUUGACCCGCAUUCCAUACCCGAUACCAUUCCAGUGCAAUUGUAUCCGGACGAUGAUGAUGAUUUUCGCCUUGAUCACAGUUCAUUGGGACCCUUGCAUCAGACCUCAUCAUCGACCACCGAUGGUGAUUUUAUUAAAAAAGAAUGGGUAUACGGAGCUGGUUCCAGUUACACAAUGAAUGGAAAAUUUGGUGAUGAUAGCGAUGCUCUGUGUGAUUCGGCGAAUUUCAUUUACGACUGAGCAGUAGCGCCGCACUUGCUGGUCUGAACAGUGGUGUGAUGGUGAUUAUGAUGAUGGAAAUCGAAGAAUCGAAACGGAGACCGGAGACAUUAUCAAAUACAUAAAUUCAAAACGAAAUUUUUAUAUACGAGUGCCGACCAUCGCAAGCAAUGAAGAAUGAUGAAGAAGGGUUGCGUAGAACAAAUGCCAAUAUUAGCAAGUAUUUUUUGUCUGUAUUGUUAAACGAAAUUAAGCUAGAAACUCUUUAAAAAACUCUAAAACAUUCAAUGUAAUGGAAUAUAUUGUUAUUUUAGUGUGUGUACUACACUAAACGAAUCGGAUGUGAAAUUCGAAGAAGAGUCGAAUGUCGAAUGUCGAAUAAGUGAAAACGCGCAAUGUAGACAAUGCAAUCAAUAGUUUAAAGUAAAAUGAGUAGUGAGUGUAAUAGAUGUAAUUGCUCAUUAGCGCGAUCCUCUUGACUGACCGAUCGAAACAGCUGCAGGAAGUUGCUUCUUCCAUGACACUCAGUUCGAAAUCUAACCUAUAAUCUACAUAUUCCUCCCUCUCUCUCUCUAUCUCUCUCUCUCUCUGUUUUUGGCUAACACAAAUGAUUUUAGUUAUAGUAAUAAUAAUAAUACGCAAUCAUGCAUACAAAUAAUAUUGUACAUAGCUGUUAAGUAAAUAAGUAAUUAAUAAUUCUCCAAUGUAGUUUAAAUGUGUAUGGUUAUUAUUGCAUCGUAUUUUCAUUUAUUUUUCAAAAUUUUUUUUUUAUUAUUUCACUUUGUGUGUGUUGUGAGUAAUACUCAGUGUAAGUGCAAAAAUUUACGGAAAACGAUGAUGAAGAAAAAAAACUGAUGUUUUUGAAAUUUUCUAUUCUUGGUUGUUGCCUAAUGACUGCAUGUAUCCCAUCCAAAAAAAGCUAUUUUACCAAAAUUCAUUUCAUUUCGUAAGUAGCGAGUUUGUGUGCACCUUUAAAGAGUUCCAAGGGGUUGCAGUGCGAUUUUAGAUGAUUUAACUGAAUUUCUGUAGCGCAGCAAUGAGUAGUGAGAUGCGGCAAUAAUCCUGGGAUUAAAUGUAAGGUAGCCGCAUAAAGGCAAUAGUUUUACAGUAUUCAUUUCUAUCAGACUGUGUACUACAAUUGGGAAUGGACUAUUGCGCAAGCAGCACAGAGAUUAAUGCUGUUGCAACAACAGUUGAAUUAGGAC